UCUUUUUUUGCCUAAAAUAAACACCUAAUAAAAAAAAACAAACAAAAUGAUUGAGGACAAAGAUAUGAUUGAAGUGAAUUUGAAUUCGAAAUUAAUGCAAUUGCAAGAUGAAAUAAACGAUUUUCGUUUGCGCGAAUCUUCGCAUUGUUUAACGAAAUCGUAUAGUAUUAAUGAUUUGAAAGAACGUGAAUUGGCCGAGAGUAAAUUAAAUAAUCAUCAGAAAUAUGCCACAAUUGGUGGCAUUAAGAAAAAUUCCAGUAAAAUGUUGGAUAAUCCCAAUAUCAGCUGUCUGAGGCAAAUGUAUUGCCCAGAUUGUCAUCAGCGUUUGGACUCGGAGAGUGUGAGAUUUGAGACUUUGUUGUCGUGUUGCCUGCCCUUAUUUCCCCUGAAUCGUGUCUACCAAUGCUGUGUAAAACGUUCCGUUGGUCGUAAAGUCAUCUGUAAUAAAUGUGGCAGUAAUUUGGGCUACUGGAAACGUUCAUGAAUUAUUACAUACUUAGUUUUAAAUAACACUUUCGAAUCUCUCAUAUGUUAAAAUAGCAGUAAAUUAAAAAUAAUAAUAACUUAAUUACAUAAAUAUAUUAUAAAUAAAAUAAACUUGUACCGUAAGUAGAAAUAAUAAACAA